GCCUCGCAAAUCAGCGUUCUCAUUCGUCGGUGGCAAAAGAAGAGAACUCAAGAUGGCUUCGCUAAAUUUUGCUCUGGAACUAAGCGUUUUCGCUUUACUGGCGUGUGCUGUUCAGGGAUUUUUCUUGGGAAACGAAAAGGAAGGAACAUUUAUUCCUCUGGAGAAGCUCAAAGAUUUUGGAUUGUCGCGCGAUCACAAAGUUUAUUCGCAUCUUGUUAUUCCACCCUGGAGCAGACCUUUCAAACUAGGCUAUUGCGAGAGCUGGGAAUGGCACACUGACCCAAAAUACCGGGCUCAAAGAAUGGCAAUCUGUAAAGAACUAUCUGAAGGUAUCCACGAAUGUGAUUCUCCAUCCGGGUUCUGCGAGGACAAGUGUCCCUACACUAACGGCAGUUACCCAUUCUGGAGGCUGCGCAAUUCCGCCGAAGUACAAAUCGUCUGGACAGUGUCGAGUAUUCAAAUGUUCAGCUCCUCAAGUUCCAACAAGAAUCUCGUUGAGAACCCAACCAAGGCUUACGCCAGCAGCUACUUCGGUCCAGGUUACUAUCCUAGCAACGCAUUCGACAACAACCCAGAAACCAUUUGGGUCUCAAAUGGUCAAGCACCCCCCGGAAUGCAGUGGAUCGCCUUCGAAUUCGACCACCCCGUCUCCAUCAGUUCCAUUCGUAUCGCUUCGGAAAUCGACAAACCCGAACGCGCGCCGACUGAGAUCUUCGUCGAAGGCUCGUGCGAGAAAUAUUUCCGCACUUUCGAGACCAUGUGGAUAUUGCGCAAUCCGACGCAGAGGAGCGACAUCCGAGUCAAUGGCGAGGUGAAGCGACGGGAUGCCGGCAAGCCACGAUUCAGGCGAUACCGUUAGCCGGUCAGGAAAAUACACACUUAUUCAACCUAUAUAAAGUUACUUUUUUAAACAAGCCUCUGUGGUGACGAUUUGCGUUGUUAGCUUCCAGUUCUUAUUCUAUAAACCAAUUUGAAAUGUUUAUUCAUAUUUUUAACACUCACCCUAAGAAAUUUCUAUUCCUGUCAUUUCUGAACUAGAUUACUUUAUAUUAAACUUAAUAUCAAACUUGUGAACUAAACGCAUUUUCCCUCAUCCUUGACUGAUUAUGCGUGCAAAUUAGCUAGGAUAGUCAUCUUGUAGGUUUAAGAGCGGUAAACAAACUAAUAAAUGAUAAAAUUUAUACCCACAGUUUAAAUCUUUGUUAAAAGUUUAUUUUACAACUAAACUGACCAACUGUUACAGGAAAUUAAAAUGGA